AAUUAGGUUGAGGAGUUUUCUGAUAAGUUAUAGGCAGUGCUUAAACAAUAGCUGGUGCUGCUGUCACAAAAUCAGUAUUUGUUUUAACUUAAGACACUGAUAUAGGGUGAACUGUAAUAUCGAUUGAACGUAGCCAUAAUUAACAUUUUGAAAUGAGUCACUUGUGGGAUGAUGACGAAGAUAACUUGGAAAACCAUGAAAAGCAGGAUAAUUACAAUGGCAAAGAACUGAGUCAAAUCGAUUCUGCCCAGCUAGUGGCUUUCGAAAGUAAUAAACAGAAAAGUAUUGUUAACACGACGAUUAGAUUUGCUGGAGCUCUGCAGUCAUGUGAAGCUAUAGUCGUUGCAGCUUAUCAAGUGGCGGACUAUGUACCCCCUUUUCAAAAUGACAAACAAUCGGACUUUUGGAAAAAAACGGUGAUUCCAAUAUUGAUGCAAAGCUUACAGCAGGAUGUCAAAGCUCGUUCUGUAAUCACUCGAAGUUUUGGUGUCGUUGGAGAUUUAGCUAUCGUUAUACAAAGUGUAUAUGAAAUCGUAAGACGAUCACGAGGUAGCAAGAAGGCAAUAGAUAUUGCAAAGAAAAAUAUCCCGGACGCUCUCAGCAAGUUGAAGCAGUGUAUUGCUCUCGUCGAACAAUUGGAUAGCAAUGCAUUUGCAAACUUUGCUCAACAGACAGAAACGAUAUUUGGGAUAAUUGGCCCCGAGUCUGCCAAGUUUGCCGAGCAGAAAGAGGAACUGGAUGAAAACAUACGAAAAAAAUGCGAUAAACAGCAAAAGCUUAUAUCAGAGCUUGGCGAAAAGAAAGGUAAAAUGGAAAGCCUGCAUUACAUAAUCGAAAUGACAGAAAAAAACAUUGACAAAACUGAGGCUGACUCACAAGAAGCUGAAAAGCGAAAAUCACAGCUUAAUGCAUUGAAUGCACAGAUCGAGGAAAAAAUUCAAAAUAUUCCGCAAAGCACUCAAAAAACCAUCACUGAGAACGGUAGAAGUGGCUGGUGGCUUUGGAAAAGAUCGCGGACCAAAACACAUACGGUUGACGUUGACAAUAAAGAUAAAGAGUCGCAACACCGUUACUACAAUAAUGUUAUAAAAUCACGGGUGGAACGAUUGCAAGCAGCUGAAAAAGAGACAGAUGCAACAAAAACUGCGAUGGAUAUGUUGAAGAAAGAAAUUUCUGGAUAUAAAGAUGCUUACGAAAAAGCAAGAACGGAGUUGCAAAAAUCGGAAGAGAUGUUUGAAAAGCUUAUGGCGGAGAUGCAGCAUGAUAUUGAUUUGGAUUUGGCCGCAAAACGAGAGCUCGAGAAAAAUGCCUUGGACACGUAUGAAAGAAUUGGUUUGCAGGGCAGCACGCUUGUCACAGCCUUGGUUCAAGUUCGUACAUUCGCACGUUCACUGAAGCCGGGAGCAUCCGCUUAUUCACCGUUUGCAGCCGUUUUAAAUUCAAUCAAGGCAUUGGUGGAAUCACACGUGGAUCUUUUGACGAGUGAUGAGGCGUCGGAUAUAUUUUUAGCAGGUACCUUACUGGCUGAACAGGUGAAAUUUCUGUCCGACUAUACUGUUUCCGCGCAACGGAUUAUGAAAACAACCGACGAGUACGAUGAUAAAGCUAUUACACAGAAACUGCAGCAACAAUCAAUAACAUUUUGAGAAGGAUUUUGGUUUUAAGCAUGAGACUUCGUUUUAAUGCUUUUUAGUUUUUAUUCAAAAAUGUGAGGUAAAGUUAACUUUAUUUCACGGAGCCAAAACUUUACCACGAGUUUUUGAAUAAAAUACCUUAAUUAACAAUGGGACAAAUGAUGGAAAAGGUACUUCUUGUGGGUUUACCGACCUCUGCUACGCCUCACAAGAAGUACAUUUGUCCCAUUGAUAAGUAAUGUACUAUAAAACUCUGUAAGUAAUAAUGUAAUAUGAGUUUACGUGUCACAGCAAUGUAAAUGAAGAUUUUCAUAUGGAAUAUGCAUUUACAUUGUCUAAUUCCAAACACAUUGUAAAAACAUUUUGCUCCAAAAAAAUAUGAAAAACCACUUAAAAGA